AUGAAGAAUAGGCGUCGGUGCUAUCGAAGAGCGGGCCUUGCGGCCCGAAGGCAAGCAGCUAACACCCUUCGGAAAACAUCGGCCCGCAUCUUCACAGCUCGGCGUUGCCGGGUAAUCCGGAUUCACACUUCGAGCGACCUUUGCACCACCAUCUGCAUCUACAGCUCUCUGCUACUCGCUAGUGUUGGCAACUGCGCCAGUCGGGAGUCAUUAGUCAACGCAAAACACACCAGCACAAAUGUGUCGGCAGAAUGGUGCAUCUCUCCGUGGCAUGACAUAAAAUGGCAGGCGCUUGCAGAUUUUGGCACCAGUUCUGUCGGGGGGCUGAUGAUGGUGGUGAGACGGUUUGAGCAAACUAGGAAAUAUGGCCGGACAUAA